UCAAUUUAAUUUUUACAUUUUCCUAAUCCAAUCCCUUGUUUGUAAAACCCCCCAUUUCAGCUUUUUAUUCAUCUCUCCUCCAUUUUUUUUAGAGAGAGAAAACUGGGCAAAUAUUAUACAUCGAACAGACCACAGCUCCACACACAGAUAGGCGCACACCAGGUGUUUGAUUAAAAGAGGCGGAAAUUUGGAGGGGGAUUUUUGGGGCAGCUAUUAAUUGAAUCGCCAAACCGAUGGAAUUGUAUGCGUAGGCGAUGCGUCUUUGCGAAUUGAAUAAAUAAGGAAUCAAAACCCUAGGCGAAGGCGAACCCCAUUUUGUCAGUCUUGGAGCCAUUGUGGACUUAUUAUGCCAAUUAAUAUACUCUGUUUAUUGGAUAUGCAAUAAGGAUUGUUGGAGUAACACGCAAAACCUAAUAUAUCUCGUUCAUUACAAGCAUUCCAUGGAGCUGAAGGUUUCUCCAGAAAAACCGGGGUUUUCAUCUUCUGAUGUGGCCAGUGAUACUGAGGAGAAAGAAAUCAGUGAAGGCGAAGAUGAAGACGAUGAUCGUAACCACAAGCAUCGUAGGCGAGAGGCUCGUUCUCAAUCUCAGGAGGGGGAUUCUGUUGAUAACCGUUUGACAAGACCAUACAGAAAAAGGAAUCGGCCUUUUGAAAAUGGUUACUCUUACAGGGAUGGUGACCCUCAAUCAGGUGAACCCUGGAGAAAUUACAAUAUGGCUUCAGAUAGAGACUUUCCCGCAAGGUUUGACAAGAGGCGUUUCAACCAGGGCUCCUUUUCCAAAGCUCCUUCAGAUUUGAACCAAAGGAUCAGAGGCAACCAAAUUCUACCAGGUGAAGUAGGCUUUGUCAGGGGUAGGGGAAGGGAACCUGUUCCUUGGGGCAUUCAUGAUUCAAGGUUUGGAUUGGUUGAUGUUGCAUCUCAGAUAGUUCAACCUGGACCUGUUCCGUCUGCUAUGUUUGCUGGGAGGGGCUUGUCAAAUGUUUCUAGUGCACAUGGUACAUCUUGGAAUGCAUUUGGGCUGGUUCCAGGCUUACCCAACGGUGGACUUGACUCACUUCAUCCCCUUGGUUUGCAAGGACCGCUAAGACCAGCUAUCAAUCCACCAGUAAAUGUUGGGCUUCCACGGCAACGGUGUAGAGACUUUGAGGAGCGUGGUUUUUGCUUAAGAGGAGACAUGUGUCCGAUGGAACAUGGUGUUAAUCGUAUUGUUGUUGAAGAUGUUCAGAGCCUUUCACAAUUCAAUCUCCCUGUUUCACUUCCUGGCUCGCAACUUCUUGGAGCAUCUUCUGCACAAGGAGCUUUGACUGUUAACCACAAAGUUUUUCAUGCAAAAAAUAGCAAGCCUGGAAUGAUUGUAGAUGGUUUUGGCCUGAAUAGUGGUGUUGCUGGAGGUUCCAUGGCAGGGGCAUCAACAUCUGAUGUGUAUGAUCCAGAUCAACCUUUAUGGGCAAAUGAUAACCCUGAGACAUCGGCAGCAUUAAUAGCACUUAAUCAAGCAAAUGUUGAUGAAACUGAGUCCUUUGUGGACAUGAACCUUCCCAACCGGCAUAAUGUUGAAUCAGUUGAAGGUUAUAACGAUGAUCGUCCUCUCAGAAAUGCCAGUACUGGUGGAUCUCAAAGUUCAUCUGUGUGGGGAAGAAUAAGUAAUUCAAAACGUGGCUCAGAACAGGAAAACAAGACUGAGAAAAUGCUAAACACAGAUUGUUCCAAUGUUCCCAAUCAAGGGAAAGGGAUGAAUGUUGAUGGAGAUGGUUCACUCCUUAAGGAAUCAUUUCCCAAUAAACAGAGUGAUUUUGUUCGCGAUAUUCGAACACCAGCUCAAAGGGGACUCCGUACUUUAUUUGUCAGUAACAUUCCCCUGAAAGACAAUAAGAGGGAAAGUCUUCUCUCACAUUUUCAGAAAUUUGGUGAGGUUAUUAACAUUUAUAUUCCCAUGCAAACAGACCGUGCUUUUGUUCAAUUUUCUACAAGGGAAGAAGCAGAAGAAGCACUAAAGGCACCUGAUGCUGUAAUGGGCAAUCGGUUUAUCAAGCUUUGGUGGGCAAAUCGUAAUAAUAUUCCUGAUGAUGCGAUAAGUGGCAAUUCCGUUGCGCCAAUUACCCCUCGUGGAAUUUCACUUCCUCCCGUUUCUAAUCAAUUUGCUCUUGACAAAGGAAAAGAAAAUCCUCAUCCUACAACUGGAAAAGAUGGUAAUUCUCAUCAUGCUUCUGUUGGUCAACAGCCAGUUACUGACCAUCCCAAGUCAGCGAUUACAAAUGGUUCCAAAGCCCCUCCUCUACAGCAAAAGAAAUUGGAGAGUUUAGAGAUUUUAAAGGAAGAACUUCGUAAGAAGCGGGAGAUGCUGGAUCAGAAACGAAAUGAGUUCAAGCGCCAGUUAGACAAACUCCAAAAACAAGCUGUUGGCAGCAAGGAUAUGCCAGCAUCAGAUUCAACCACAAAAAGGGUUAAAGGUGAAACACCACCUAAUCAGGCAAAAGCUGAAACUUCCAAGUCAUCACCAAGAGAUAGCAUGACUAUUGAGAACACCCGAUCUGCACAGCAUUCUGUGACACAAACAUCAACUUCAACCAUGCAUACUCAUGAGCUUUUGAAACCUUUUCGUCCGCAAGCACCUUUAGGGACACCAUUUGUAGCAAACAGAUUCAAGCUGGAUAAUCGGCCCACAGUUUUCAAAGUUGUUCCGCCGUUACCACCUGACCUUGCAAAUGUCGCUGCUCUGGAGGAGCACUUCUCAUCGUAUGGUGAUCUUGCUUCGGUGGUACUGGAAGGGUCGGAGCUUCAAGAGACUAAUGAUGCUUCAGUAUCAUCUUCUGAUGUUUCAGCUCGUGUUUCCUUUACAACCCGGCGAUCUGCUGAGAGGGCCUUCUCACAUGGUAAAUCAUGGCAAGGUCACAAGUUGCAGUUUUUGUGGCUUACGUCUGUUAACACUGGCAAAGAAGUCGACAGCUCUGGGAAUCUCCCAGCUGCUUCAAGUGCGUCUGUUAACACUGGCAAAGAAGUCGACGGCUCUGGGAAUCUCCCAGCUAAUUCAAGUGCAUCUGUUAACACUGGCAAAGAAGUCGACAGCUCAGGGAAUCUCCCAGCUGCUUCAAGUGCGUCUGUUAACAAUGGCAAAGAAGUCGACAGCUCUGGGGUUCUCCCAGCUGCUUCAAGUGCUUCGUCGGAUGAUAACGCUCAACCUAGUGGAGAUGAUGCAUCGGUGGAUAAUCAGAAAAUUUCUGUCUCAGGAUCAGACGAACCUGGGAACCACAAAGUAGAAGCUGAUGAAGAUUCUGCUGAACAGGAGAAAGAUUCAAAAUCCACAUCGACCUUAUCUUCGGGCGAAAAGCAGCUUUAGCUCUUAUACCUGAUGCCGCUUCUAGUUGUACAGUGAGGUAAACAUGAUGUCAAAUUAUUAUAAUUCAUAUGGUUUAACUGAACCUGCAGCUAAAAUCUAGCUUCAGUCUUUUUUUCUCAUUUUUGGGGUUUUUUUUUUCGUGGAGAAAUGUCUAAUUUUCAUCUGGCAGUCCUCAGUAAGUGCGAAUUGUAAUGCGUUGUGUUCUUUCUUAUAGAUUUUUUAGAAACAAGGUUUACAUUUUAAAAGAACAAAACACAAAAAUCAUUACAAUUAGAACAGCUGGCCUUCUCUUUGGCCCUCUUUUGUGCUAUAAUAUAAGAUGCUUGUUUUACACGUUAA